AUGGAGACAAAGCUUGAAACGGUCUCGAAGAUUACUUGGGCGAUAAGAAACUUCGCUUCGUUGCAAUCAGCAUCGAUUUAUUCUGAUAAUUUCAUUGCUGGUGGCUUUAAAUGGCGUCUUAAAGCUUAUCCCAAGGGAAAUAUAAAGGACAAACAUUUGUCUCUCUAUCUACAAGUUUCGGAUAAAGAUUCUUUGCCUAUUGGAUGGAGAACACACGCUAAAUUUUCCUUAACUGUAGUUAAUAAAUUUUCAAAACAUCUCUCCACACUAAAAGAGACUCAGCAUUGGUUUGAUCACAAGUCUACAAGCUGGGGGUAUGAAGAAAUGACUCCCCUCAAGGAUAUUUAUGCCAACAAUGGAUUUCUUGUGAUUGAAGAACUCACAAUUGUUGCCGAGAUAAAUGUUCUUGAAGUUGUAGGACAAGUAGAUGUACCGGAGGAAACAAUAGAUGUCAAUGGGUUUCAAAUUCUUCCUUCACAGGUAGAACCUGUGAAGCGUUUGUUUGAAAGACACCAAGAUCUUGUCUCAAAAUUUCGUCAAAAGAAUCCAUAUUUCAAGACGGCCUACAUGAAUAUCCUCCUACGCUUGAACCAAACGCUGUGUCAAUCGCCUCUAAGACUCUCCAAUGAUGGUCUCUCUCAUGCUGCAGCUGCACUUGCAUAUUUGAGAAAAGCAGGACUUGAGGUGGAUUGGUUGGAGAAGAUGCUUUAUGAAGUAAAGGAAAAGAAGAAGAAAGAGGAGGCUUGCUUGGCCCGGCUACAAGAAAUUGACAAACAGCUUACGCCAUUGAAGCGGAAGUUGUCUGAUCUUGAAGCUCAGAUGGAUAAGGAGAAGGAAGAGUUGUUAGCUGCAAGAGCUCCUCUCUUCUCCAACGAUGACAAUGUUGUCUGA